ACGGAUGGUUCUUGGCAGGUGCGAUGGGCUGCCCUGCUUCUUGUUCGUUCCUUCCCUUCCUUAGAGCGGCAGUCACUAGAUCCACUCCCAGCAAUUAACCACCAAUGACCGCAGAUGGCCGCCAAUGAUUGAUCUUAUCAGAUGGGCGCAGUCAGUCAGGCCCGCCAGACCCGCCAGACAUGGGCCAGAUACCAUGUUCCAACGUGGUUCAGUUAUACCGUGCCGAGUACGGUGCGGAGUACUCCUCGAAGUUCUGUGGUGCCGAUGUACGUUAGUAUGCAUGAGCCAGAGAGGCCGUGGCUUGCUUUAAGAUGCCAGCUCAUAGCCAGAUUUCAUGGCACCUGUACAACUUCCACUCCGGUUGAACCAUCCUACCCUCAUUAUCUGUCUUGCUUCUUUCCUGCUCUUUUUCUUCCACAUCACCUCACACCAUCCCACCCAAAGCCAGUCUACCAUGGGUUUCCUAUUUAGCAAGGAGGAGUCGACGCCGGCCGAGAUGGUCCAGAUCGUGCCGGAGAAUAUCGCUGAGAAGCCGCAGAACAGAGUCCUAGUCAUUGGCGGUGCAUAUGCCGGGCUGAGCGCUGUCAUUCAUCUCUUGGAACUGGCAAAUGGAGGAGAGCACCGUCCGACAUCUGUCCCGUUGCCGCCGGUCACGGGCAAGCCGCUGCGAUCGUCGGUGCAGAUCACGAUGAUAGAUGAGAGGGAUGGGUUUUAUCACACUAUCGGAUCGCCGCUCGCGUUGGCGGAUGAUGAAUACGCCGAGAAGGCAUGGAGGAAGUACGCUGAUGUAAAGGCUAUUCAACACCCUUCAAUCCGCGUUGUUCAGGGCAGCGUGACAAACCUCAAUUGCUCGUCGAAGACGGCGACGAUAACUUACUCUACUGGCCAUACCUCGAUUGUCGAAUACGACUAUGCCAUCUGCUGCUCUGGUCUCCGCAGAGAGCAUCCUUCCGUUCCACAGUCCAUUUUCAGGGAAAAGUAUCUUGAGGAGUGCAAGUCACACAUCAGCGACAUACGUUCUGUAUCAGAGAGCAUCGUGAUCGUUGGAGGCGGAGCCGUUGGGGUUGAGAUGUCUGCUGAGCUGAAACUAUGCUUCCCGGACAAAUCGGUCAAACUAAUCCACUCUCAUGAUCACGUCUUAAGCGGGGAACCGCUACCCGAUAAAUUCAAAGACGUUGCUCUAGGGCUCUUACACGAGCAAGGCGUCGAGACCAUCCUCGGCGAGCGCGUUGUCAGCUCCAACCCAGAUAGCCCAACUGACACAGGCUUCACCGUUCGCCUCAAGAGCGGUAAGACCCUGCGUGCCGGGAAGGUCAUCUGGGCCAUCUCUCGCCCCGUCCCAACCUCCACGUAUGCCCCAGCCGCGGCCCUCGACCACGAAGGCUUCAUCGCCGUCACCCCUCAACUCCGAUUCCCUUCAACUGUCCCAAACGCCGAAUACCACUUCGCGGCCGGCGACAUCAUGGCUUGGUCAGGCAUUAAGCGCUGUGGAGCCGCUAUGUACUUUGCCCAGAUCGCCAUCGCCAACAUGCACCAGCUGAUGCUGCAGGCCGAGGGUGACACCGACACGAAGCUCGUCGACGCGCCUUCCGUGGAGCCCAUGAUUGCACUUGCGGUCGGGAAGAAGGCCGCUACGUUCUAUGCGGACAAUGUUGCGGCGGGGGAGGAGCAGCUGAAGGCGUCGUUUGGCGAGGAUCUGGGGUUGACGGUUGUUUGGAAGUAUUUGAAAUUGGGGGAGGCGUUUGAAAUGCCAAAAGAGAAGGAGGUGGAGGGGAAGGAGUCGAGUACGGAGGCUACCUGAGAGGUGGUGGCUGGAGUUUGGGUCGAGUUGGAGAUGUUUAGUCUGCUACAUAGAAC